CCCCAAGGGGUCCCCUCCCCUGCCACCAUCUUCCUCUCCAGAUUCUGCAAUUGGACUACCUAUCUUGGUUAUCCACAUUUUCUAGGGAUUUCAAAUUUGAACGUCCUCUCUCUCACGACUUCCCACGAAACAAAGCAUCGUGGCCGUCGAAUUUGUGCCCUAGGGGGCUUCAGAUAGUUAGUCAGAGUAAGAGGGUUACUUGUGCUGUUCUGAAUUCCGAUGGAGAAUAAUACUUCAACAAUUUCAUGCCCCUCAACUCCUCGUUGGAACUCCGAGCGCCCUUUCCUCACCGGCCGCUUUCACCAGGAAACCAAAUCGACGUCGCGAUUUGCAGAUACGGAUGGCUAUUCCGUUGGUUCUCUUUCCUUGGGAUUCGAAAAGGCCAUUGGUUGUUACAAUGCUGCUGUUCAGGAACUUGUUGUCAUCGAUGACAUUUUGUCUGCAAUGGUUGGGAUCCAAGGACGCUACGUUUCAAUCAAGAGGGCGCAUGGAAAUGAGGACAAGUACACCUUUCAAGUUGAUGCAUCCAUGGAUUUAGCUCUUCAGGAAUUAGCCAAACGGGUAUUCCCUCUGUGUGAGAACUUUAUGCUUAUUAACCAGUUUGUUGAAUCAAGAUCCCAAUUCAAGAAUGGCUUAGUCAAUCAUGCGUUUGCUGCUGCGCUGAGGGCGCUCCUUCUAGAUUACCAGGCCAUGGUGGCACAGCUAGAACACCAGUUUCGACUGGGAAGACUGUCCCUACAAGGCUUGUGGUUUUACUGUCAGCCAAUGAUGGGGUCCAUGCAAGCACUAUCCAAUGUAAUACAGAGGGCUUCUGCUAAUAAUUUUGCAGGUUCUGCAGUUCUUAACCUCUUGCAGAGUCAGGCCAAGGCCAUGGCUGGUGAUAGUGGUGUAAGGUCAUUACUAGAAAAGAUGACAGAAUGUGCUUGCAAUGCAUACCUUGGAAUAUUGGAGAGGUGGGUUUAUGAAGGAGUCAUUGAUGAUCCUUAUGGUGAAUUUUUCAUUGCUGAAAACAAAUCUCUUCAAAAGGAAAGCCUCACUCAAGAUUAUGAUGCCAAGUAUUGGAGGCAACGUUACAGCCUUAAGGACGGAAUUCCUAGCUUCCUAGCAAAUAUUUCUGGGACAAUUUUGACCACAGGAAAAUAUUUAAAUGUCAUGAGGGAAUGUGGACAUCAUGUUCAGGUCCCUCUAUCAGAAAAUUCGAAAUUGAUGACCUUUGGCUCUAAUCACCGUUAUCUUGAGUGUAUAAAGUCUGCAUAUGACUUUGCCAGCAGUGAGCUCUUAAAUCUCAUCAAAGAAAAGUAUGAUCUGAUGGGAAAGCUGCGAUCUAUAAAGCACUAUCUUCUUCUUGAUCAGGGUGAUUUUUUAGUUCAUUUUAUGGAUAUCGCUCGAGACGAGCUCACAAAAAAGCUUGAUGAGAUUUCUGUGGAGAAGCUGCAGUCUCUUCUAGACCUUGCUUUGCGCACCACAGCAGCUGCAGCAGAUCCUUGCCAUGAGGACUUAACAUGUUGCGUGGAAACAUCUUCUUUGCUUAAAAAGCUGGGGACACUUAAAGAUCGUGAAAAGAGCAGGCCUGUCCCUGAUGAUAAUGAUCUGGAGGAGCCAGUGAGCAUAACUGGCCUUGAGACAUUCUCUUUAAAUUAUAAGAUUCGGUGGCCGUUGUCUAUUGUUAUCUCCAAAAAUUCCCUAACAAAGUACCAGUUAAUUUUCCGCUUUCUUUUCCACUGUAAGCAUGUGGAUCGCCAGCUUUGUGGGGCAUGGCAAGCACAUCAAGGAGUUCGUGCCCUUAACAUGCGUGGAACUGCUAUCUCCAGAUCAUCACUGCUGUGUCGUAGCAUGCUUAAAUUUAUUAAUAGCCUUCUACACUAUCUAACAUUUGAGGUUAUUGAGCCCAAUUGCCAUGUGAUGCAUAAAAGACUUCAGACUGCAAAGAGCAUAGAUGAGGUUAUCCAACACCAUGACUUUUUCCUUGACAAGUGUUUGAGGGGGUGCUUGCUUCUUUUGCCUGAAUUUCUCAAGAAGGUGGAGAGGCUGAAAUUGCUUUGCUUACAAUAUGCUGCAGCAACUCAGUGGUUAAUAUCAUCUUCCAUUGAUGUUCCUAGCCUUGUCGAUUUUGAUGGUUCACUUGUGCCAGAAAACCCAAAACCAUCAAAAUUGCGGACCCCAUCUCGGGCACUAAAAUUAAGCUCCAGCAACAAAACUGUUGCUGACUCUAUUCUGAAAUUCGAGAGGGAGUUCAAUGCAGAGCUUCAGAGCCUGGGACCGAUAUUGAACAGCAGUUCCAAAGCAGAACCAUAUUUGACUCAUCUUUCGCAGUGCAUUUUGGGGACCGGAAAUGAACAAUGAUUUCUAGCAUCUUUUCUGUUUUCGUGUGUGGAGUUCCUGGUUUGUGAAAAUAUUACUUGUUAGAGAGUUUUGAAUUGGUCCUCUGUCUGCGGCUGUACUCUGAAUUAGUCGUGUUUUUUUGUUUUGUUUUGGGGGAGGGCGGGCAGAUCGUCAGGUUCACUGUUAAUACGGUUGUAACUGGCUACUGAUGAGGUGAAAUUUGGUCUUUCCAUCUGUUGGAAGUCUCAGUCAUGAUGCAUGGGACUGGAUAUGCUGGCUAGCUUGGCGUGUUCACUAAUUCGUAAUUGGAGUCAAAACAAGUACCCCCGUAGCCAGGAGCACCAUAAGCAUAUAUAUCGACAGGGAGUUUCGUCGAUCUAUGUAUUUUAACUGCUACAAUUAAAUGCAUAAUUUCGAUUUCCUCGUA